AUGGUCUUUGACGUGGUCCCGUUCUAUGAGGUCAAGUCCAUUUGGAUUGGCAGAAGCAACGGAGGGAAACGCCUGGAGUACGUUGAUGUCAAGAGAGCGUACUCGAAGUGUGUGGAGAACGAGAUCUGCCCUGGCUUCGUCAACUCAUCCCAAGAGUCGGCUGCGAUGUUCCUCCAGAACGUCACAAAGAUCAGCGAGAGGAUGCCCGAGACCGAGACAGGUGCCGAUAAUCUGCACUACAUCAGGGACAUGGUUGAUCGUGCAUGCGAACUCUAUCGGAACAACAAGAUGGAGGAGUUCAACGCGCAGGUCAACGAGGUCAGGGACGAAAUCAGCAAAGUCGUCAUCCUGAAUGAUGAGACAUGGGAGGGACUGAGAUGCCGGAUAUGUCCAUCGUGUGCGACCGCGAUCCCCACAUGCUUCUGCUUAUGCCUGGAAUGUGAGGCGCAACUGAUCUCCACCGGGAGGUACUACAUCCACGUCAACUCCGACGAUGAGGAGGACAAUCAAAACCCCAACGUCUCGGGAGAUGCCAAGCGCGCACAGGAAGAAGCUAACCACGGUGCGGCGGCACAGGAGGAUGAUGACGAAGCGGAGGAAGUUCCGGGAGAAGAAGACGACAUGGACACGCAAGGAUAUACAUCCGGAUAUGCGUCAGAAGAGGAUGACAGCGGUUGGUAUUACCGCGACACUGAUCUGACGUCACGGGAUAUCAUAAAUUCCCAGCGGAUGGCGAUCUGCCUUGACGAGCCGCGUGAGGCUCAGUACAUGGCAGGGUUUAUCGCACUCCAGAUGUCCAAGAUGUGGGGGAUGUUCGAGGGUGGUGAGGAGAGAACGAUGAAUGCCCAACUCGAGGGGAGACCGGGCUGCCCUUACCACAAUGACUUCAAGAGAUACCCCAACAUGACUGAGCAUGAUCAGGAGCGUGACGAAUAUAUUCGUAUGAUGGUGUGCAAACGCGAGGGACUAUACACAUUCUACAAGCUGUGGAUUGCAGCGAGAAUCCUCGAUGUCACCAAGGACGAAAUGAAGCUGCUGGUCAAGGAUUACAGCAAGAAGUGUGUCCGGGCACGAGAAGCCCAGAAGAACUUGGACGAGGCCGCGACGAUCGCUAGGUUGGAGGCCGAGCUCAAGGUCGAGCGCAAGGUGGAGAGGUGCCGCGAGCAGACCGUGGCAACCCAGAGCCAGGUUCUGGGCGCUCUCAGCGAUUUGAGGUCGGAAUUCAAUCCCAGAUUCGUGUGUCACGUCAGCAAGAAGCUGCCGGACGGAGUUUGCGGCAGGCUGGUGGCGUUUUGGAAUCGGCGCCCGCUGUCUUCGGAUACGAGGCUCCUGCGCGGCGGUCAUGAGUCGGUCUUGUACUUGGCUUUUGACCCGAAGUUCUCCUCCCUCCGAGACCCAAAGUUUCAACGCGGCGCCUAUGCGCAGUGCGUGGGGGACUCCGCAGGCAUGGGCCUCUUUAACCAGGCUUUGCGUCCCUUUGGCAUGGGAGCCUUCCACUGCGGCGUCGAGGUGCACGGAGAGGAGUGGAGCUUCAGAGACGUGAUGCCGGGGCACCAAGACAAGGCGAUCUUCGGCUGCGAGCCCAGGAGGUGCCGAGGUCAUAGGUACCAAGAGAGUCUGGAGCUGGGCUUCACGUACCUCUCGAAGAAAGAAGUGCGGCAGCUGCUGCAGCUGAUGCUUGCCAGAUGGCCUGGCGCAAAGUACAACGUCCUGAGCAACAAUUGCUGCCACUUCUGCGACGAGUUCUGCAGGCUUCUAGGUGUUGGCGCGAUCCCGAGCCGUUUGUUCACCUUGGCCAAGCUGGCCCGAGCCAUGCUGACCUCGAUGCAAGCCCUGGAGCAGCGACGGCAGGAUGCCGCGGCCUUUAUUCGGGGCUCGGAGGCGUUUCAGGUGGGCUGCUGCACCCCGGCAGCGACAGCUCCCAAGGAGGUAGACCUGAGCGACAUAGUGAAGGAGCUGUGA